GUGGCUGUGCGCGAAGGCUAACAAGGGGACAUUUGCCAGGUGGAGUUUCAUGGCUAGAUCGAGUAAGUUGUUUCGGUUUCAAAAGUUCGAUUUUUGGCAUUUACGAGGAUAACUCACAGACGCCGCUCAUCCCCUUGACUGACGAGACCUGCAAACUUGACUUUUGGCUCUCAAUUUAUUCACCCAACAGGUUGUUAUGGCAUUAUCUAUGGCGUCUCCGUGUGGAGUCCUGUCUAACGAGGAAGAUGGCAUGGCUGUGUUUGAAUCGACGGCAGCUGACAUCGGAGGCCGACUGAACGGGGUCACUCUGCCUGAGCUCUCCAUCAUCUCCCCGGGGCUAGAACAUCGGCCAUCCAUCAGAGAGAAAACGUUGGUGAAGCCUGGAGUGGCCAGAAAAGGCAACGGUGACGAGGGGAGCACUGACAGAGUGAGGGUGUUUCUGCGUAUCCGCCCUCUGACCGAGGGAGAGAAGGAAAGAGGAGAGGAACAGGGCUGUGUGUGUGUGCAAGACGAAGAGAGCCUGAUGCUCAAAGCCCCCAAAGACUCCCAGAACAUGAAGUGUGCAGAGAGGGGAGUCGCCCAGAGCGUGCACAAAUUCAGCUACUCACGGAUCUUUGGCCCGGAGACCACACAACAGGAUUUCUAUGAGAGCACAAUGAAGGAGAUGGUGAGAGACGUGCUUCGUGGAGAGAGCCGUCUCCUCUACACAUACGGCGUCACCAACUCUGGCAAGACCUACACCGUUCAGGGAGUGGGUCGAGAGGCAGGCCUCCUUCCCAGAGCCCUGGUGUCUGUGUUCAGGAAGCUGCAGGGCCGCCUCUACGGGGCCAUGGACCUCAAGCCUGUCCUCUACCAGGAGGUACGCCAGCUGAACGCCGGUGAGGUCCGGGCUGAGGAGAUCCGCAGAGACUCUCUGCUCAAAGAGGAGGGUGGCAUGACUUCUCGGAUGCGUGACGGCACCAGUACCUGGGACAGCGGCAUCGGUGGACUCUCCAUAACCAGCCACAUCGCCACCCAGCUAGAAGACUCAGACAACAGUGUGUUUCUGGAACCCGACAGCCUGUCCCACAGUGAAGGGGAGGACCUGGAGGAGGGAGUGCAGUUCUCUGUGUGGGUGGCCUUCUAUGAGAUCUACAAUGAAUUCCUGUACGACCUGCUGGAGGCUCCGCCCUCCCUGCAGCCCAAGAAGAGGGCCACUCUGCGGCUGAGUGACGACAAGCAGGGGAACCCUUACGUGAAAGACCUCACCUGGGUGCAGGUCCGCAGUGCAGAGGAGGCUUGGAGAGUGCUCAGGGCUGGCCGGAGGAACCAGAGCUUUGCCAGCACUCACCUCAACCACAACUCCAGCCGCAGCCACAGCAUCUUCUCCACCCGGAUCCUGCACGUCCACCCAGAGGCUGACCAGGGCCAGGCCACACUCGUCAGCGAGCUGUCUGUCUGCGACCUGGCUGGCUCAGAGCGUUGUAAAGACCAGCGCAAUGGGGAGCGGAUGAAGGAGGCCAACAAUAUCAACACCUCCCUCCACACCCUGGGCCGCUGUAUCGCUGCUCUGAGGCACAACCAGAACAACAAGCCACGAGCCCCUCAGGUGGUGCCGUUCAGAGACUGUAAACUGACCCGAGUGCUCCAGGGCUUCUUCUGCGGCCGCGGGCGCUCCAGUAUGGUGGUCAACAUCAACCCCUGUGCUUCGACCUACGACGAGACCCUCCAGGCCCUCAAGUUCUCUGCCAUCGCCACACAGCUGGUCCAUGGGCCGCCCACUAAGACCCGGGUGGCCUACAUCCUGUCCCUGCUGCGGGAGCCCCAGCCUCACUCCAAUGACAUCACUCUGAUGGAGGACGACGAGGACAGUGAUGGUGAAGAGGGGGACAUCACCAUGUUCGAUUCAGAUGCUCUGCUGCGGGCCAUCGAGGUGCUGAAGAGGGAGGUGCAGCGGCAGCGGGAGGAGAAGGAGGUGCUGGAGGCCAACAUCAGGGAGCAGGUGUUCUCUGAGAUGAUGGAGGUCAUCUCUGGUAUGGAGAAGGACUUCAGCCAGACCCUAGAGACAGAGAGGGCUCUGUUGGAGGAGAGGUUUGAGGACAAGAUCAACAACCUUCAGAAAAGUCUCAAGAGAUACUACAACCAGGAAAUGGAGGAGCGUGAUGAACAGAUAGUGGCUCUGAAUGCUGCCUUGGAGAAGGGAGAGGUAGCGCUAGCAGAGCCAGCCCCCCUUCCCCUCUUCCCACCCAUGGCCCUGGGAGGAGUCUCGGAGGGGCCCGCCCCCCGUCGCUCCCAGCGCCUGGCCUCCACAACCACAGGAGAGCUGAGCAGAGUGCGGGCUGAGCUGCUGGAGAAAAAACAAGAGCUGAGGUGUUUCCAGGGGCAGCGCACACCACCAGAGCCCUCAGACGCCCUGACCAACACUGCCAACCGCAAGCUGGUGGAGGGCCAAAAGAACCUGCGUCAGUUGCGUCUGGACCUGCAGAAGCUGGGUUUGAACCUGCAGUCUGGAGAGAGGGCAUGCUGCCGCAACACAGACGGGGAGAGGCUGCGCCAUGCGCUCGCAGCUGCAGACGGCACACUGGCCAAACAGGACCAGACCUUGGUGGAGCUGCAGAACGGCCUGCUGCUGGUCAAGGCUGACCUGAGGAGGAAGGCAGAGUGCCUGGCCCAGAUGCAGAUGCCCCCCUCUGCCUCUGCUACGCCCGGCUCCUGUAAGAAGAGGGGCUGUGGGGCAGGGGCAGCAGCAGGCAACACUGAGAACCAGCCCCCAGAGAAAAGACCCUUCUUCCUCUCCUUUUUCCCACAACGCACCCCGUCACGAAACAAACAGGGACGCCGUGAGGAUCAAACCACACGCCACUCACAGAUUCUGCGCUCCCACCUGACUCCUUCCUCUAGUCCCUGCCCCUCUGGCAGGUACAGGGUCACAAAGUGUUAACUUGAGAGCUGAAAAUCAGGAGUCUGUAUUUAUAUUCAUAUCCCAUUAUGCAAACCAAAUUUUAAAUGUGUACUGUUUACUUGUAAUGGCACGUUUCAAAUAUGUCACUUUAUUUUAUACCAAAUGUUACUGUAAAUACACGAAGGUGUCUUCCUAUUGGAUGUGUUUUUGUAGAGCAACUCUUGUGGGCCCCUAGACAGUUCAAUUUUUUUUGUAAUCCCGAACUAGCACACCUGAUUCAAGUGUCUUAAUGAUUAGUUGACAAGGGGAAUCAGGUGUGCUAGCCGUGGAAUAGUUAAUAUACAUGGAACAGUUGGGGGUUUGAGGAUUUCAAAUAUCUUGUUUGAGUAUUAAACACAUUUAUGAUAUGAGUAA